AUGCAUAAGAGUGCUUUCCAGGCCUUACAGGGUGAUAUACCUACAUAUGAGGUGAACUCAUCGGACGAACAGGACAGUGACCAAGAUGAAGAAGACGUAGAACAGCCCUCCGAACCUAUGCAUAGGCUUGUGUCUGCUCCAGCAGCAUCAAUACACAUAGAGGAGUCGAAGUAUAUAUCGUCCAACUUUUCUUUCGAUGACGAUAAUACCAUAUAUGGGCAUGACUAUGUGAUCUUCGGCCUCAAGUCCAAUCAGAAUCUCAUUGUCAAAGGACAAUUCGUACUAGAGAUCCAAAGAGGUGCUAUUGACAUAAAUGGUGUAAUAUAUCAUUCUGGCGUUGAGCCGAUGAAGUUCAUCAAUCCUUCGUCAAGUUCAAUACCUCUUAUACAAGCAACACAAGUGCUCAACUCAUCUCUGCUGGAGAACAAAGAGUCACAGGAGAAUCAACAUCUCUUCACACCAGGUUAUAAAUCCGUUAUUAAACUGACAAAUUUGGAUACACACCUUGAGUCUAUCGGGCGGGUGUGUCCUCUCUUCAAGAACCUGUUUUGGCAGUUUGACAACUUCUUUGCAGAGGACAGCUUGAGACUGUUGGACCAAUAUGAAUUGGCUUUCAGCGAUUAUACAUUCUAUCCAAUAACGAAACCUGACAAUACCGUUUCUGUAAUAAAGCACAAGAAUUGGAUGGAUGUGAUCAAGUCACUUACAGAACUUUAUUCCAAUGAUCAGAGUAUAAAAGUCAUCGUCAUUGGAGGUAAGAAUUCCGGUAAAUCAACCUUUCUAAGGCUGUUGGUACAACACAUGCUCUCACCAACAUUGCAACAAUUACCCAUAAACUUUAUGGAUUUGGAUCCAGGUCAACCUGAGUAUUCUGGUACUGAUUGCAUAUCGCUCAGUAAGAUAUCUGAAGUGCAACAUGGGAAUCACCUCUCUUUAACGUCUACAGAUUCAACUCAGUGUCAUUAUGUGGGGUUUAAUUCCCCAAAGGACCAACCAACGAGAUAUAACCUCCUAGUUGAACAACUGGUAAGAAGCUAUGAAUCAGAUGGUGAGCUUAAACAUGAAUCACUACUGAUAAAUACACCCGGAUGGAUCAAAGGAUAUGGGCUCGAGUUGACACGUACUUUAAUCGAAAGAGUGAAACCAACCCAUGUCAUCUAUUUAAACUCAGGUACAUUGGGAGUUGAUAUUGAUAUACCAAAAGGUACUAAUUUGAUUCCUUUGCAAGGGUCUUUUAAUCACAGUGGAUCCCGUUAUUCUUCAUCACAGUUGAGACUCUUGAAAACCAUGGCCUAUUUUCACAAGAUUGACGACUUCAAAUUUGACUUCCAACCGUUGCUGUUCUCACCACCUAUUCAGGUGAGUUAUGGUGUAUCAACUGGUAUCAGUGCCCUAACACACCUUAAAGAGACUGGUAUCGGGAUGGAUCAUUUGGAAAGAUCCAUAGAGGCCACUAUUGUCGGGAUAUUCAAGGUUAAGAGAGACCAUCUUGAAGAGUGCGAACUCUUCAACAAGGGACAACUUCCGUUAUUGCCAUACAAGGAAUUCAUAAAGUUAAGCACAGAGUUCUUCAGAUUGGCCUUAGUCCAUUCUAUAGACCAGGAAAAGAAGAUCAUGAAUUUAUACAUACCCCAAUUUCGAACUCUUGACCUCACAAAAGAGGCAAUCAUAAUGGUCAGGGGAAAUACCGACCUACCCAUCUGGGAGAUUGCAUCUAACGAAAUAGUGAAACGUUUCAAGAGGCAGCUUCCAUACAUCACCUUUGAGAAGGGUUCAUCACUUGAGAAAAAGUGGAAAGUUCGUAAAAAUGUACAGAGACGUGGACAAAUGUAA